AUGAAACAUCCUCUCUUCGUCAGCAUCUUCUGCCUUCUGACUGCUGCAUUUCCCCCCAUCUUGUCUAAGGAAUGCUACUACUGUGAAAUCACCGAUUCGACAAAGUGUCCCGGCACCAAAAUGAUUUGCGAAGAUGAUGAGGAUUGCUUUGACGGCCAAGGAGCUGCCAUGGGUGUGUCACUGAUCAGAAACAAAGGUUGCACUCGUGCCAUCUACUGUGGCAAGGAGCAGCCCAUCUCCUACAUGGGGGUCACCUACAGCCUGGUCACCAACUGCUGUAAAGGGGACAUGUGCAACGCAGCUCAGGGGUUGACAGCCCCCUCCCUCUUCCUCCAGCUUCUCUCCACCAGUGUGCUCCUGCUGGGGGGUCUCCUCUGA